UGCUUGCUCUUUAGCACAUGACGUUUUGUUUGGCCUACCAGCAUUUCUAAACAUGCUAUUUUGUCAGGUCAUGCGCUGUAGAAAUUAAUACAAUGGCAUUUAGUAAUACGCUUCGUCGAGGGCGGAACCUAGAGUCAGUUAACUCCGAUCCAGGUGACGACACAGCGCCUCUCGUAGUGGAGGAUUUUUGGCGAGGAUCGAGUUCGAAUGACGCAGAAAUGGAUGACAAGGUGAAGCUGGUGUCCUCGCCGAGUUCGAUGCCGCGAAGGCGAUCGACUCAAACUGAAUCAGAAGCCCGAUUAAGGCGAGUAAUUAAAGAGGAUCAGAAUCUACUGGCUGAUCACGGACUGGGUGAAGAUGCACCUCACAUAGCUAACCUAAUUCAGCGGAGUUUGAGCGGCUUUUAUCAGGAUGCUCCAGACGUCGGGAUUGAGGGGGCGAGGGCGGAGUCGGCAGACGGAAGAAGUCGACGGACGCUGAAUACUUUCAUGGGAGUCUUCUGCCCCGUGGCUUUGUCCAUGUUUAGUGUAGUCUUGUUUUUGCGAUUAGGUUUUGUUGUGGGUGAAGCAGGAAUGCUGCAGACCUUAUUGAUGUUCGUCUUAGCUUACACCAUCCUGCUUCUUACUGUGCUGUCAAUCUGUGCAAUUUCAACCAAUGGUGCUAUAGAAGGGGGUGGAGCCUAUUGUAUCCUUUUAUGAGAGCUGUCACUG